CUAACAGUGAUAGCUGAGUAAAGCAUGCAACAUUGUUAUAUGUACAGUACGGUUUAUGUUUUUAUAGUACGGUAUAGUUUUCUAUCACUGGUAAAAGAGUAUGUGUUUGUGUAAGAAAAUUGCGUUAAACACCAUCAUACAUGACGGUUCAAACUAUAGUUGCGAAUUUGCAUUAACCUUCUCCACUAAGGGGAGCUAUUGUCGCGAAAGGACCUGCAAUUGAAAGGACUUGCAGUUGAAAGAGUGCAUUUACUAGCGCUUCUGUACAAGAUCAGUCAUGUCAAAUACUUCACAUCACUGCAUUCUGUUUUAAUCUGGGGUUUUGAUCUGUUGUUUACUGACGAGACUGCUUUUGGUGUCUUUGACUGCAUCGAUUGCACACAAGAAGAUUUAUGUCUGGGUGAUCAAUUGGAUGGACCAUUGAAAAGAAGAGAAAAAAAGGAGGGGAAAAAAACUACAGAAAAAAUUACCCUCUGGAUUUAAACGCGACGCUUUUAAUGGAAGGAUACGUUUACAAUUUAACACUGAAGAAAUAAUGGGUUGCGGGCUGCAGAGGAACAUCAUUUUAAAGUCAAAGCCAAGAAAAUUAAAUAACACACGUAAUAAGAGAAAAGACCGUCAAUAGAAGCUGGAACACAAUAGAUCAGAGUCUAUUUUCUUUUAAUUCUCCACCAGCUUGUUUCUUUCUUCUGUGCCUGCCUGUUAUUGUGUUUAGCUUCAGAUUUAACACGCAUAUGUAAAGAGUCAUACACACAUCAAGAACAAUAAUCAUGCAAGAAAAUGUGAGCUCCAGAAUGGACACCCCCACCAACAUCUCCCUGGUGGGGCCCGGGGAUGCCGUUUCGGAGUCCCUGGAGUACAAAACAGUCUCUGUGUUCCUGGUGUUGCUGGUCUGUGGGGUGGGAAUUGUGGGAAACAUCAUGGUUGUGCUGGUGGUUCUUACCACCCGACAUAUGCGUACACCCACCAACUGCUAUCUGGUGAGCUUGGCGGUGGCAGACCUGAUGGUUCUGGUGGCUGCGGGUUUGCCGAACAUCUCGGAGAGCCUGAUGGCCACCUGGGUGUUUGGGCACGCUGGGUGCUUGGGCAUCACCUACUUCCAGUACCUUGGCAUAAAUGCAUCUUCCUGUUCGAUCACAGCCUUCACUGUAGAAAGGUACAUCGCCAUAUGUCACCCAAUGAGAGCACAAACUGUCUGUACAGUAUCUCGAGCCAAACGCAUCAUUGCCGGAGUGUGGAUCUUCACCUGUGUCUACUGCAUGCUUUGGCUCUUUCUAGUGGACAUCCAGGUGAACCCAGACGGUCGUGUGCAGUGUGGUUACCGUGUCUCUCGAGACCUCUACCUACCCAUCUACCUUAUAGACUUUACCAUCUUUUACGUCAUCCCACUACUACUGGCCAUUGCCCUUUAUGGUUUGAUCGCCCGGAUUCUUUAUUUGAACCCUCUACCCCACCCAACAGAAUCGGGCACCGUUACUGCACCCACUCUCAGGAAGAGCUGCAAAGAUACACCAGACGCCGGUAAAGCAGGUCGCCAAGGACGCCCGAAGAGUGCGGUCUCCUCCCGGAAGCAGGUCACCAAGAUGCUUGCAGUGGUGGUCGUGUUGUUCGCCCUGCUGUGGAUGCCGUACAGAACCCUGGUGCUCAUUAACUCGUUCGUGAGCACGCCUUACCUGGACGCCUGGUUCCUGCUCUUCUGCAGGAUCUGCAUAUAUGCCAACAGUGCCAUCAACCCUGUGGUUUACAACCUGAUGUCCCAAAAGUUUCGUUCGGCCUUCCGUGGGCUGUACCACUGCCACAGAGAUGACGGGCAUCAGCGGACGCUCUCCAUGCUCCAGAGUGGAUACAGCCUUGGAAGAGACCCCAGAUCGUGGAAUAACAUCAAUGGCAACAGAGACACACCCAAAAAAAUGGGUUUAGCCUCUCCUGAUUGUAAACCAAACAGACCUGGGAACGACAAAGCAAACGACAAAACGCAAAUUCGGGAUGAUGCAAAAAACAAGGUAGAUCCAAACAUUAACAAAAAUGAUGUGGUGAACGGUAACAUAGAUACCGCGACAGAUAAAAGCCAAACCUCAGAAGACCAAGAGAUGUCUGCAGUUGAGAAUGGGGGCAAGAUUAACGACAAUGGGACAAAUAUAAAGGAAAGCGAGGUAAUUCAGAAUAUUGUCGCUGACAUGGGCAGCACGGAGCAGAUGUUGGAAUCCAAAGCUGAUCAGAGUGACCAAGAGCUGAUUCACAGUAAUGUGUAGAUCACUCCUAAACGUUUACUUUCACGUCAUGCUAUCCAACCAUGAAAAGACGAGAAAUUGGAAUGCGUGUCCUUACAGCCGUCAUCUUCUCUCUGCAGUAGAGGUGGCGAGACUAAGGCCACUCUCGCUUCAUAAUUUACAAGUGGAACCAUUUGGCUGUCAGCCGCAGCAAUACAUGCCUCCUCUUCAGAGACACACAUGGGUGGGCUGCUCGGUUUGGUCAAAACAUCACUUUGAAUUCGAACGGCUAUAUAAAAAAUAUUCUCAACAGCUUUUACUGCUGCUGCUGCUUGGAUAUCAAGAUUAAAAAUACAAAAAGGCAUAAAGCUCCCAUAAGAAAAAAACACAAAUGAGAUCGUUUUAACGUCUGUUUUUAAUUAAACUUGCUUGAAUCUCUUCUCAGAACCUGAGAGAAAAAACUGUUUUGCCAGGAAAGCAACGCCUUUUGUCUCUAAAUUGAGUUAUGUUUCUAUCACGCUCUACCGCCUAAAGAUAUACUUACUUUUUAUGUGUGUUCACGUCUCCCUUAAAAGAAUUUACUACGUUUAUUUAAAAGAAUAAACACCCAGACCCAAAAGUGAACUGUGUAGAACAUGACAGAACAAAAGAUUACACGAGAACACACAAACUAUAUAUUUAAUUCACUUGAAGUUUAAUAAUUUAACAGGGUUGCUUUUUUUAAUUGUGUUCGUUCUUAGCCUGUGUGUUUUCUUAUCACAAAUGCUUAAACAAGCUACUUUUUGUCUUCAAGCUCUGCCGAAUGAGAAAUGAAUCAAUCCUACCAGUCCCUGCUUUUAAAGCACAGACGUCGAAUUUAACAUUUGGAGGUGCUUUAGGGCAUGAGGUCCAUUCAGAUGCUUUCAUCAACCAUAAGGCACACUUCUUCGUUGAGUUUUUUUUCUAUGACACUUCUUUGACAUUUGCCAUAGCUGGCUGGCCGAAUGCCAUAUUGCUUGGAGAUGUAAUGCCCGUUCCAUCACAAACUCAAAUACACUCGUUUCCCUGUAUAUGCCCAGCAGUGUCGAGCUUUUAAGACCCUAUUUAUGGCCUCGUAAAGAUGAGUAGGGCAUCUAUUUGUCAGGUGUAGUUAUUUUCAUGUAUUUAUGUGGAGCGCAGAGAGCAGUUUCCAGGCAGAACGAUGCUUUCUGUUGAAGCGGGCAGAGAUGUAACCAUAAAUCAUCUUAAAGCAGAACAUAUUCUUCCCUGAGGAGCGCCGUGAGACCGAAAAACUUUGUUGUUUAGCAAGCGCUGCUUUAUGCCUUUCAAUGCCUGGUGUUUAUAGAGACUUAACAUUGGCAUGGUUUUUUGUUAUAAAGAAAAAAAAUGUAAGCUGUCACUGUUUUGACAGUUAUCUUUAGAUGAAAUGUGAGGCCUGUGUUGUUAUUUUUGUGUGACAUGAAGUCUAACUGCUCUCUUUGAGGACAUGGAGAAGAAACAAGAAACACGUCCAAUGAAGUGUUUUGUUGUUGCUGCACAAUUUUCAAGAUCAGUUGAAUGCGACAUUACCUUUUUGUGCUAUGAACCCUGCAGUUUUCUUUUCUCCCACAAGCACAUCUGUUCAAUUUUAGAUUGUUGUGUUUCUAUACGUCAUCGUGGUAAAGACAUGAGGGUGGUUGACAAAUAAUUUGUUAAUGUGUCCUACGGUGUGAAAGAAAUGUUUAUUAUGCUAUCAUGCUCUCUCUGGUAUUGUAAAUGUAAUUAUGAAUAAUCUAAACUAAUAUUAUUAACAGUUUGUUUUCUAAAGUUUUGUGCCAUAAGCACAACAUUUGGAAAAUUGAUUUGUGUUCGUGUACACGAAUUUCCCCUUUUUCAUGUCACUCAGCACGACUUUUUAAACACAGACUGUGUGUGUAUGUAGAAUUAUAUGGGCUAUUUAUUACCUGAUAUUAAAUGUAGUGCAUAUUUAAGGUGGUGGCUGACAUUACCUUACCUCACCCCAAACCCUAAAAUAACAGCCGCAAAGGCUAAUUUUGCUAAAAACCUGAGUUUCACGAGGUGGCACGAUAAAUUACUACCCUAACCCAGCCCCUAAACCCAAUGUUACAGGGGCAAAGUCAAAUCACAAUAAAACAUAAAAACUAGAUCAUAGGAAAUAGCCACCUAGCAAAACAGGUAUGAAUUCUCAUCAGAUUGCGUUGGUAUAUAUUUAAUACAUUUUAAAGAUAUUGCAUAAUAAAAUACUUUAGAUUAAAAAGUUGUGCUGGGUGACACGAAAAAAGGAACACGGACAACAGUUUGUGAUAAUGUCAUGAAUUCCCGUGAGACUGUGUCAACAUAGACAAGUAUAGAGUAUAUUUGUCAACCACCCAUGUAUAAAACAACAACUAUUCCUUAGCCUGUAACCUAUUAUGUUUAGCCUAAAUGUUCGAUCCCACAAUGCUUUGCUAUUCCGAUUGCUGCUCUUUUUUUUUAACCUUUUUUGAGCUUUUAUUGACGUUGCUAGUUUGUGAGCCUCCAAAGCAUACUAUUGGCUUCUAUGAAUUUGUAAUCUGUUUUGAAAUCUGUGGUUUAUAUUGUGUUAGUAUUGUGAUAUGAAGCUUAUUUGCUUUUGGUUUGAAACUGUGUUUGCUCAGAUUCUAAUUGGAAGUUUAAGACAGUAACGUGAUCUGUGAGCUUGUUCCGUACAGUUUGCUGCAUAUUUUUCAAAUCUGAAAAUUACACACAUUUCUUUCCUUGCUGGUUUCAUCUGGCUUCCUGUGUGAAAAUUAAAGCUGGAUACAAGUGCGGAAUUUUAACGAGUUGUUGAUUUAUUCAUGUUUAUGCUGCCACAUGUCCUAUAGGAAGUGAAAAAAUGCCGGUUGCUUACAAGUAACGAUGGUUUUC